AUGGAGAUCAUCCGCAUGCCAUAUAAGACCGAUGUCUUUGGCAAUCCGCUCUACGCGAAGGUUGCUUGGUCAAAAGGCACCGAAUCAGCCAAACCUACAGCUCUGGUAUACCACGGCGGAGGCCUGAUGGUUGGCAGCUCAGAGAUGGUCCCACAAUCUCAGAUCAACUAUUUGGUCGAGCGAGGCUUCGCGGUCGUGAUUCCAAACUACCGUCUGGCUCCCCAAGUCACUGCGAAAGAAGUAUUUGCGGACUGCGAGGAAGCCUACGAGUGGGCAGUGGGCACGCUUCCAGACCUCAUGCGAUCACAGCACGGCAUCUAUCUCGAUAGCACAAGGACCGUAGCCUUCGGCCACUCCUCCGGCGGCACCAUCGCCUUGCACCUCGCAUCCUGUAAACCAGUCAAAGCAGUCACAGCCUUCUACCCAUCCCUGUUCGCCUCCGACUCUUCAACAUCCGCUCACAAACCAACCUCAGCCCCGCCCUUCGGCAUGAUGCCAGAUUUCCAUCCAACCUUGGAAGAAUGGGCAACCAUCACCCCAGAAGGCAAACAACUCUCAGAAACCCCCCUCGCAGCCCCAGGAACCAUCCCAGCUCCGCGCAACAAAUGGCAAAUGCACACCCUCAAGAACGGUCAAUGGCUCCCCACCCUCCAGCCAGACGGCGACUAUGCCACCCUCGACCCCAUGACCCGCAUCACGCCUGAAUGGUGUCCGGUGAUGCUCGUUCAGGGCGAACUGGACAACGUGCCCGGAAGCUCGCUGGAGCUUGCGCAGAGAGCGGAGAAGGCGACGGCAGAUGCGGGGGUAAGGGAGGUAAGGCUGGAAGUUGUGAAGGGCGAGGGGCAUAUGUUUGAUUUGCCGCCGAUGGUUGGGACAACGGAUUUGGGAGCCAAGUGGGAAGCUGUGAGGAAGGGGUUGGAUUGGCUUGUUGACCAUGUUUGA